AUGACUUUACCAGCCUGUGGUGAUGAGGCCGGUCGGCGCAGGGAUGCCUUGAAGGAGCAGGCCACGCUGCUGCUCACGCUGCACCAGCACCUGCUGAAGCAUCAGAAGGCAGCGCAUCUGGCCUUCACCUCUUUGGAUGAGGCUUGCUGCUCCUUGGCUGCCUCCUUAGCGGCGCCGUCUGCGACGAUGUCGUCAUUGUCGUCAUCGCUGCCGUCCACCGUGCAAGGGUUCACUCAGCUGCUGCGGCACGUCGAGCUACUGCAUCAGUUUCUCUUUACAAAUCUGUACGUGCAUCAGCGUGAGAGCGUGCUGCGUCUUGUGGCCGACGUGGAACGGUGUGUCGCUGGCGAUGCGUCAGCCGCCUCGCCCUUGACGACGCUUCACUCAACGAUGACCGAUGCUGUUGGCACCAGCAACUGUGGCGGGGUUGAAAGCUCGCGCAUGGACGAGGCGAAACGAGACCUGCGCCGACAAAUCGCUCAGCUCCGCUAUCAGCUCGCGCGUCCUGCCCAAGGUAACGCAAGUGACUUCCUUUCCACGCACGCCAACGGCGUCACCAGUGGACUGCCGCCUCAAAUGCCGGCGGCGGCUUCCCUCUUGUCCUCCUACUCCUCUCCGCCAUACGAGAGCAUCAAGUCUGCUUCCACUUCGGUAGUGCCGCGGACUGUGCUGCGUGCAGCCGGGUCUCCUCGCGCAGAGGCAGGGGUGACCGCAUCGCAGAUGCGCGGGACCCCACGCCAGAACACGCCGCGACUUCGACUCUUCGCGCUUUCCUCGGCAUUCCAGAGGCACGGCAUCGCAGGCCAGCAGGGACUCACCACCGUCCUGUACGCGGUGCAGCGUCGCUUUCAUGUUCACGCUGUAGUGCUCGGCCGCACGUGUAGCCCGGAUGUGGAGCUAGACGUGGCUGUGCGUCUCGGUUGUGUGUGUCUUGUAGUGCCACAUUAUGACCUCAGCAGCUUCUCGGUGCACCCUGGGUUAGUCGUCACCAGUGAUCGAGCAGUGCUCGCCCAUAUGGAGAGCCGCGGCGACGGCGAGGGCUUCACGCGCGCCUCCACCUCCCCCACUGUAGGCGAGUCAUCGUUGGGGGGCGACGCGGAGGGGGAGGAGAAUCAGGCGAUCAUGGCUGACGACGGUGGCGAAAGUACCUCCGCUCUCGAGGAUCUCUUCCUGUCACUCGAGGCGGAUCUGCCCCUGAUGACUACUGCCGAGCCGAUUUGGUCGUCACCGCUCUUCAGCACUGCAGUCGGACGCGACGCGCUGGGCAGUCAGGCGCUCGUCGUUGAGCGGUCCGCACUACACCGCGAUGGACGCCAAUCAUCGCAUCAAUGGAAGCGUCAUCGCUCUAGCGACGCUGUAGACUCAUCUGCGCACUCCGCAUCGGUAUCAGCGCCUGAAGGCGUUGCGAUGUCGGCGCGCGAGUCCGACACUCACUCAAAUACAACAGUCGAUUUCUCUAGUCCGUCUUCGCGCUUUCGCAUCACGGGUGCCGCGCGCCUGCUGACAAGUGCAGCUGCCGAUGUGGUGAACCCAACAGAGGUGCACGAUGCAGCGGCAGAUGCAGACGUCAUCAUUCCUUCGCAGCUGGCCGUCGAGUCGCAGCAUGUGGGCAUCACGCAGAACCUGUCGCCAUCACCAUCCUCAGCUAUCACGUGCGAUCCCCCCCGCGUCACCCUCGCGCUGCGCCCGCGCGAAGACGUUACGAGGGCUGACGAUGCUGCCGCCGUCCCGGCCUCCGCUGCUGACGCAACCGUAGCACAGCAGCUUGUCUUUCAGAUUAGCAACUCUGUCAAGUACCUGAAGGCUCAGCUAAUGGAGGCCAUCGGGCAGCUUGGCGGGGUGGUGGACCAGAGCUCUGGCUACAGUCGAGCAUGCCGCUACCUUGUAGUGGCGGAGGGUAUCACAGAGAGGACGGAGAAAUACCUUGGCGCCUGUGCUGCUGCCGCGUACAUUGUGCCGCCGCGCUUUGUCUUCGACUCACAGCGCCGGGGCUACUGGCUAGAGAGCCGUGUUCAGGAGUACGACAUGAGCCCUCAGCGCGUCAUUGCACACGCACCGUGUGCCACUCCGAUCUUCAACAACUGGCGAGUUGUUCUCAUUACUUGCCGUGCCGCAGCUGCACGCGGCGUGCUUGCGGCAUUACUGGCUGGUGGCUGCACCCAGGCCACCGCGUUUGUGGUGGACCCUACAGCGGAGCCACCGAUGGACCCCGACAGGCGUUUGCGCGUCUACGACCAGUCCUGUGCGACCGCCGAGGGUAUUGUGGCGGGGUUGUCUCCGUCGAGCACCAUUGCUUCCCAGACGCUGCAGUCGGCGACGCACAUCCUUCUCGAGUGCAACAGCGUCAGUGCUCAUGGGCUCUUUCAGAUGCCGGACUGGAUGCCGGCGUGCGUGCGCCAGUCCGAGUACCGCCCCCGCAUCUUCACACUGGAGCUGCUGUACUUUUGCCUAUGCGCGCAUCCAGAGCGCGUCUUUGACACGGAGGGCCAGUUGAGCGAGGUAGAUGCCCUUACUCCAGCUUGCCGAGUCGAGCCUGUCUGA